UAUUGAAUUAAGAUUCUUCUCUACCAAAAAGCUUUUGAGUAAAAGAACUUGGAUUUGUACAAAGACCUAGUUAGGUGAAGUCAUAAUUUCGAAAACGUUAAAAAUGCCGCACUUUCUUCUUCUCAUUUGCUACCAAGGAUACGCAAAUUAGCAAAGCUGUUGGUACCUUCAAAAUUCUCCCCAAGCUGUUAAAAUGGCCGAGAUUCUAUCUUCUUCCUUGGGACUAUCCCAUACCACUCAACAUUUCCAAUGGCGAACAUCAUAUAAUACUAAAAGACGCCUCGUUCAUUCCAACAAAAGGAGAUUACACUUCAUUAGGGCUAAAAUAGGUGUUACAAGCUUUGGUUUCGAAGGCGAAUUACAAAUUCGCUAUGGAGAUAUCGAUCACAAAGCAUUUGGGAAUCCUAUUGCAGCUCCAUCGACCACCCAGAGCUGCAAGCCAAAGGCAUAUCCUUCAACUAUGUGGGGAGGUGAUUUUAUCUGUUCAGUUGUAGCGAAAAACGCCGAAGCCACGGAUAAAACAAUAGGUAACGAUGACAAACGUAUAGAGGUGUUGGUCCGUGAGAUUAAGGAGAAGUUUAAUUCUAUGGAGGACGGUGAGAUAAGUCCGAGUGCAUAUGAUACUGCAUGGCUGGCAAGAUUGCCCGCCAUUGAUGGCUCCCACGAACCCCUAUUUCCCCAGACCCUUAACUGGAUAAUUGAUAACCAGUUACGGGAUGGUUCGUGGGGGCAGCAAGACGGAUUUCUUGUGAGCGAUAGAAUCCUUAAUACUCUCGCCUGCGUCAUUUCACUUACCAUCUGGAACGCUGGCAAGAUUCAUGUGCAGAGAGGCCUUGACUUCAUCAGAAGACAGGCAAAAGGAAUGAUGGAGGAGACACCAGCCAACGGAACGUCUAAAGUGUUUGAGAUGGUCUUUCAUGCAUUGCUCAACGAAUCCAAAAGCCUUGGCCUCGACGUGGACCAGGACGAUUUCAAGCAAAUCAGUGAAAGGCGGGAGGCGAACAUUAAAACGAUUUCUGUAGAACGCCUCCAUCUCGUUCCCACCCGCGUUUUGUACUAUUUAGAGGGCGUGCAAGAUAUAGUGGAUUGGAAAGUCAUACUUAACCUGCAAUCCAAGGAUGGGUGUUUCCUUGGCUCGCCAUCAUCUACAGCUUGCGUCUUCCUGCAUACUGGAGACAAGAAAUGCCUAGAAUUCUUGACCACCCUUCUUUCUAAGUUCAAAGACCACGCUCCAUGCGUGUAUCCAGUGGAUAUUUGUGAACGUCUGAGGGCCGUUGAUAAUGUUGAACGUUUAGGGAUUGAUCGCUAUUUCCAAACGGAGAUCAAACAGGCCUUGGAUUAUGUGUUCAGGUAUUGGGAUAAAAGAGGCGUUGGGUUUGGAAGGGAGAGUCUGGUUCCUGACAUUGAUUGCACCGCCACUGGCCUCAGACUUUUGAGACUUCAUGGCUACAAUGUCUUGCCAGAUGUUCUGGAAAAUAUUAAAGCCGACGAGCUUUAUGGUGGGGGACCCUCCCAUAUGCUAAGCCUGUACAAAUGUUCACAGAUCAACUUUCCAGAAGAAACAUUAAUGAGAGAAGCGAGUGCCAUGGCCAAGGCUUAUCUAUCCGAAUGGAUGCAAAGCAACAGCUUUUCUCGUGAGCUGGCUGUCAGGAAAGACCUUCGUGAAGAGAUAGAACAUGCUCUGAACUGUCCCUGGUACACGAAUUUCCCAAGAUUGAUGGUCAGAAAUCAUAUUGAACACUUUUCAUCUAACCAGUUUUGGAUGGAGAAGACACUGUAUCAAAUGCCCAAUUUGAGCGACGAGAGAUAUUUAGAACUCGCCAAACUGGAUUUCAACCGAGCGCAGGCUUUACACCAAAUGGAAAUUAAGGAAAUUAGCGGAUGGUAUAAGAAGUGCGGUUUCUCGGAGCUCAAAUUCACUCGUCAUAGACAAGUGGAAAUACACUUCAGCGCUGCAGUGGUGAUGUUUGAACCAGAAUACUCUGCUUGUAGAAUCGCCUACACAAAAGCUGCCUCCCUCCUAAUAAUUCUAGAUGACCUCUUUGAUGCCCACGUAUCUUUUGACCAAGUAAAGCUAUUUACUGAAGCUGUCAAAAGAUGGGAUUUAUCUCUUUUAGACCACUUUACGACCGACAUGAAAAUUUGCUAUGUGGGUCUGUAUAAUACUGUAAACGAAUUGGGGCAAGAAGCACUCAAGGCUCAAGGACGUGACGUGCUUCCCUACCUUCGCUCAGUUUGGGAGGACUUGCUGUCAUCUACAACUAAAGAAGCCAAAUGGGCACAUGUGAAGUGCGUGCCGCCAUUAAGGGAGUAUGUGGAGAAUGCAAAAGUGUCAAUUGGGUUGGCAUCAAUCAUUCUCAACUCCAUAUUUUUCACAGGAGAGCCUCUUCCUGAUGAAUUUCUCUCUCAACUUGAUUUUCGAGCACCUUUUCUUCAUCUUGUAUGUUUGACAGCUCGUUUAAUGAACGACGCUAGAACUUUCACACUUGAGAGAGAUCGUGGAGAAUUGGUAUCUUUCAUACAGUGUUACAAGCAUGAGCAUCCUGAACUCACAGAGGAAGAAAUUCUGAGUCGUCUAUAUGAUUUCAACCAAAAAAGUUUGACUGAAUUGACUUAUGAGUUUUUAAAGCCUGGGAUGAUACCAAAAUGCUACAGAAAGCUUCUUUUCGACACUGCGAGAGUAUCCCAAUUUGUUUUCAAGAGCAAUGAUGGCUUUGGGGUGUCUGUCCAUGAGAUGCAAGACAACAUUACAAAAUUUCUAGUUGAACCAGUCGUUUAAAAUGAUCCCAACCUUUUUUAUUUAGAAUAGGUUGCAUUAAGCUGUAAGCUUAUUAUUAAUGUAUUGUUUGUCAUCCUUUUUACUUUUCUGAGCACAAGAGCUCGUAAUGAAGCCGCUCAAACUUUAUUAACUUAAAUGUAAUAUCAGUUGGUAAGUAAGAAGGGCAUUUUGUGAUGUUA